CCGAUUGCCACCACGUCCCUCUUCUGUCCUUAAACAAGACGUCGACAUCGUUCUGAUAAGUCGUCGACUGGGCUGGCUGAGGUCACGGUGGUGUUGAGGAGCCAGUCGCUCGGCGUGGUUGGUCACCGGCUCAGCGCUUGAUUCAGGCUCCGCUUGCUCAUCAUGACAGACGUCUACGAUGCGUACAUGAGCGACACGCUCAAGGGUGUUGGAGCAGAAAAGUACAUCGAUGAAGAGGGCUACGAGACCUUUGGUGGUGGUCUCAAUGGCUACUCGCAGGGCUACGGGGACGAAGAGGAGGGCGAGAUCACUCAGCAGGGAUGCUGGGAGAUUAUCAAUGCCUUUUUUGCAGAAAACGGAUUGGUGCAGCAGCAGUUGUCGAGCUUCAACGAAUUCGUAACAAAUACGGUCCAGGAGCUCGUUGAGGAGGUUAAGAGCUUGACGCUGGAGCAGAGCAGUCAGCACACGGGUCUGGAGGGCGACAUUGCGCGGCGAUAUGAGAUCGAGUUUGGGCAGAUUUACCUUUCCAAGCCAUCUGUGACGGAAUCCGACGGCCAGUCGAUGCCGUUGAUGCCACAGGAGGCCAGACUUCGCAAUCUUACUUACUCGGCGCCGCUCUAUCUCGAUGUCACGCAGCGGAGACUUAUCGAGAGCGACGAGUACGAUCCAGCGACCGGAGAUAAGCUUUGGAAGGAUGAGGACGAAAACAAUGUCAUUGAGGAGCAAAAGGUCUUCAUUGGAAAGGUCCCAAUCAUGCUACAGUCCGACUUCUGCUAUCUCAAAGACCUGGAUGAGAGCAAACUUUACGAGCUCAACGAGUGCCCUCUUGACUCCGGCGGCUACUUUGUUAUCAAUGGUUCGGAAAAGGUACUGAUCGCUCAGGAGCGAAUGGCGGCGAACCACGUCUACGUCUUUUCCAAGGCUCCUCCGGCACCUGUCACAUAUCUGGCAGAAAUUCGAAGUGCCGUGGAAAAGGGAGGCAAGACGAUCAGCACGAUGCAGAUCAAGCUCUUUUCGCGGCAAAAAGAAAAGGCGGUCAACAAUGUCAUCCGAGCCACGCUCCCUUACAUUCGAUCCGACAUUCCCAUCGUCAUUGUCUUCCGUGCACUGGGCAUUGUUCCGGAUCGCGAGGUGCUGCAACAUAUCUGCUACGACUUCAACGACAACGCUAUGCUCGAGAUGCUCAAGCCGUGUAUCGAGGAGGCCUUUGUCGUCCAGGACCGCGACUUUGCGCUAGACUUCAUUGGUCGUCGUGGUUCCCAGACUGGCCUGUCGAGAGCGAAGCGGCACCAGUACGCGCAAGACAUCUUGCAAAAGGAAAUGUUGCCCCACGUCUCGACAGCCGAAGGUUCUAACACCCGCAAGGCUUACUUCUUUGGCUACAUGAUCCACCGCCUUUUGCUGGCCGCUCUCGAACGUCGGGAAAUCGACGACCGAGACCACUUCGGAAAGAAGCGAUUGGAUUUGGCAGGCCCCUUGCUCUCCGGCCUCUUCCGCAUGCUCUUCCGUAAAAUGACGCGCGACAUUUACCGCCAUCUGCAACGUUGCGUGGAAGAGAGUCGCGAAUUUACGCUGCAGGCAGCUGUCAAGUCCAGCACCAUCACAAACGGUCUCAAAUACUCGCUGGCCACGGGCAAUUGGGGCGACCAGAAGAAGUUCACAACUGUCAAGGCUGGUGUGUCACAGGUCUUGAACAGAUACACUUUCGCUUCGACGCUCUCGCACUUGCGCCGCUGCAACACGCCCAUUGGUCGAGAUGGCAAGAUUGCUAAGCCUCGACAGCUGCACAACACGCAUUGGGGCAUGGUCUGCCCCGCUGAGACGCCCGAAGGACAGGCUUGUGGCCUGGUCAAGAACUUGAGUCUGAUGUCGACCAUUUCGGUCGGGUCUCCCAGCGCGCCCAUUGUCGAAUUCCUCGAAGAAUACGGCCUCGACAACCUGGUGGACAUCCAAGUGGCCGAUGCAAAGACGACCAAAGUCUUCGUCAAUGGCGUCUGGAUGGGCACCUGCGAACAACCUUCGGGCCUCGUCGAGACGCUGCGAGACUUGCGAAGACGAGACGAUAUCUCUAUCGAGGUCAGCGUUGUGCACGACAUUCGAGAGAAGGAAUUGAGACUGUACACCGACGCUGGACGAGUUCAGCGGCCUCUCUUCAUUGUCGACCCUGACGACAAGACGCUUCUGGUCAAACCUCGUCACGUCGAAUGGCUCCAGAACACUGAAAAGCCCGACGGGACGCCAUUCACCUGGAGCCAGCUGGUGCGCGAGGGUGUCAUUGAACUGCUCGACGCCGAGGAGGAGGAGACGGUCAUGAUCUGCAUGAGCCCUCAAGAUUUGGAGAACUCAAGAGCCUACAACGAGAAUCCAGACCUUGUCAAGGGGCGAUCCGGCGAUCCCUCUGCGCGCCUCGUUUCGAUUCAGACGUACAUGCACAACACUUGGACCCAUUGCGAGAUCCACCCGUCGCAAAUUCUCGGAGUCUGUGCCAGCAUUGUUCCCUUCCCGGACCGGAAUCAGUCUCCCCGUAACACCUACCAGAGUGCCAUGGGCAAGCAGGCGAUGGGCAUCUACUUGACAAACUAUCAAAUGCGGAUGGACACCAUGGCCAACAUUCUCAUGUAUCCGCAAAAGCCGUUGGCUACGACACAUUCGAUGCAGUACCUCAAAUUCAGGGAGCUGCCAGCCGGCCAAAACGCCAUCGUGGCUAUUCUUUGCUACUCCGGCUACAACCAGGAAGACUCCGUGAUCAUGAGCCAAUCGGCCAUCGAUCGAGGUCUCUUCCGGUCGCUCUACUAUCGUACCUACAUGGACAUGGAGAAGAAAACGGGCAUGGUUCUGCUCGAAGAGUUUGAAAAGCCCUCCAGAGAAACGGCGAUUCGACUCAAGCAUGGCACAUAUGACAAGAUCGAUGCCGACGGCUUCUGUGCCCCCGGAACCCGCGUCUCAGGCGAGGACAUCAUCAUCGGAAAGACGACCCCGCUACCUCCAGACAGUGAGGAACUUGGUCUUCGAAGCAAGCUGCACACAAAGCGCGACGUCAGUACCCCGCUCAAGUCGACAGAGAAUGGCAUCGUCGAUCAGGUCCUCGUGUCCACGAAUGCAGAGGGCCACAAGUUCGUCAAGGUCCGCGUUCGUUCGACGCGUGUGCCUCAGACUGGUGACAAAUUUGCUUCGCGUCACGGUCAAAAGGGCACAAUUGGCAUCACUUAUAGACAGGAGGACAUGCCUUUUACACGGGAAGGCGUGACGCCGGAUAUCAUCAUCAAUCCUCACGCCAUCCCCUCGCGAAUGACAAUCGGUCACUUGGUCGAAUGCCUGCUGUCCAAGGUCGGCGCCUUGUCGGGCCAAGAGGGCGAUGCAACACCCUUCACCGAUCUCACAGUCGAUGCGGUCAGCCAUCAGCUCAGGGCGUAUGGCUACCAGUCUCGCGGUCUCGAAGUCAUGUACAAUGGCCAUACGGGGCGCAAGCUCAUGGCCCAAGUCUACCUCGGCCCGACCUACUACCAACGCCUCAAGCACAUGGUGGACGAUAAGAUCCAUUCACGGGCACGAGGACCAGUCCAAAUUCUCACACGGCAGCCCGUCGAAGGACGAAGUCGUGACGGUGGACUGCGUUUCGGCGAAAUGGAACGCGACUGCAUGAUUUCGCAUGGCAUGGCCGCGUUCCUGAAGGAGAGAAUGUACGACGCUUCGGACGCCUAUCAGCUUCACGUCUGCGACACUUGCGGCCUGACGGCCAUUGCCAAUCUGAAGCGCAACACCUUCGAAUGCCGUUCGUGCAAGAGCAGGACGGGCAUCUCCAAAAUCUUCAUCCCCUAUGCAGCUAAGCUCCUCUUCCAGGAACUCAUGAGCAUGGGUGUCGCCACCCGUCUCUUUUAGCCCCUUGUAACACUAUUCUUGUCUCAGGUCUCUCUCGAGGAAAAAAGGCCGUCCUCAUCACCAACCCCAUUUGCAAUCAGGAGAAUCUCUCAU